AUCCCUCCCCUAGGGGAUGGGCGACUCCAUCCUGAAGAGCAGAGCGGAAGUAGCAGGAGGGAGGUGGACUGUGAGCAAAGACCGCCCACCCUUGCCGGCUGUUACUUGGGCAAGCUGCUUACCAACUCCGGGCUCUGAUUGCUCCUCUGAGGAAUGGGGAUGAUGGCAAUGCAUUAGUGAGAGGCCCCUUCAGGGGCUAAGUGCAUGGGACUGUUGGUAGGGACCCGGCCUAGAUACAGGUGAAGCACAAAGACGAGAAGUACCUGUAAGAAUAAGCCCAGUGACUGGGCUGUGCCAAGUAUCAACCAUUCGGAUGCCCACCACCACUACCCCAUGAGGAGGGGGCCGCAGCCCUGGCAUAAAGCUCCUGCCAGCAGCCUGGCACCUACCCCUGACACCCAGGAGGCCCCCUGGCCUGCCAGCAGCCCCAGACCUCCCCGCUGUGGUGUGCCUGACCCCCCAGAUGCGCUGAGUGCCCGCAACCGACAAAAGCGGUUCGUGCUGUCGGGCGGGCGCUGGGAGAAGACGGACCUCACCUACAGGAUCCUUCGGUUCCCAUGGCAGCUGGUGCGGGAGCAGGUACGGCAGACGGUGGCAGAGGCCCUACAGGUGUGGAGUGAAGUGACACCACUCACCUUCACCGAGGUGCACGAGGGCCACGCUGACAUCAUGAUCGACUUCACAAGGUACUGGCAUGGGGACAACCUGCCAUUUGAUGGGCCUGGGGGCAUCCUGGCCCAUGCCUUUUUCCCCAAGACCCACAGAGAAGGGGACGUCCACUUCGACUAUGAUGAAAGCUGGACUGUUGGGGACAACCAGGGCACAGACCUCCUGCAGGUGGCAGCCCAUGAAUUUGGCCAUGUGCUCGGGCUGCAGCACACAACAGCUGCUAAGGCACUUAUGUCCCCUUUCUACAACUUCCGCUACCCACUAAGUCUAAGCCCAGAUGACCGCAGGGGCAUCCAACACCUGUAUGGCCAACCCCGGCUGGUCCCCACCUCCAGUCCCCCAGCCCUGGUACCCCAGGCUGGGGUGGACACCAAUGAGAUUGCACCAUUGGAGCCGGAAACCUUGCCAGAUGCCUGUGAGGUCUCCUUUGACGCGGUUUCCACCAUCCGGGGCGAGCUCUUCUUCUUCAAGGCAGGUUUUGUGUGGCGGCUGCGUGGGGGCCGGCUGCAGCCUGGCUACCCUGCACUGGCCUCUCGCCACUGGCAGGGGCUGCCCAAGCCUGUGGAUGCAGCCUUUGAGGAUGCCCAGGGCCACAUCUGGUUCUUCCAAGGUGCUCAGUACUGGGUGUAUGAUGGCGAGAAGCCAGUCCUGGGCCCUGCACCCCUCUCUGAGCUGGGUCUGAAGGGGUCCCCUAUCCACGCUGCCUUGGUCUGGGGUACUGAGAAGAACAAGAUCUACUUCUUCCGAGGUGGAGACUACUGGCGUUUCUACCCCAGCACCCACCGUGUGGACAGCCCUGUGCCCCGCCGGGCCACCGACUGGCGAGGGGUGCCCUCUGAGAUUGACGCCUCCUUCCAGGAUGCCGAUGGCUAUGCCUACUUCCUGCGCGGCCUCCUUUACUGGAAGUUCGACCCUGUGAAAGUGAAGGCCCUGGAGGGCUUCCCCCGUCUUGUGGGCCCAGACUUCUUCGGCUGUAUGGAACCUGCCAACACUUUCCGCUAACCACAACUUGGAUGCCCUCAGGGCCCCGACCCCUGCCAGGCCACUGACAUUGGCUAGAGACCCGUAGCCAUCUUUGUGGCUGUGGGUAUCAGGCACGGGAUGGAGCCCAUGUCUCCUCAGGGAGGUGGAGAAGGGGGCUGCCACCUUGACAACCGCAGGGGUCCACGCGGGUCGUGGACACCUGCGAGCAACUGUCUCAGACCAGGCAGGGAAGUUUUGGCAUUACUUGAAUGAAAGGGAGGUCUUGGGCCACUCUACCCCACCUGUGCAAGUCAGUCAAGCCCUGCUGCCCUGUCUGUAUCCCCGGAGCCCUCACUCUACCCCUGCCCAGAGGCUCCUGCAGGUACUGGCACAGCAGUGCCAAGGGCCCCGUGGCCUUCCGCCUUUUUCUGAGAAGUCAGCUCUGGGUAGGCGCUGGGAACUGGCUGCCUUCCAGUUGGUGGUCCUGGAAGUCUGUUCCCUAGGAUCCACGCUAACAUGGCCAGAGUCAGCUGGGGAGGGGGGUACUUCCUGCUGGGGACCCUGGGCCCUGGAGGCUCCAACAUACCUCAAUCCUGUCACGGGCCGGAUCCUCCCAACCCUUAUCCUAGCACUGGGACCUUCCAAAGACAUGUAAAUAUGUGUACAGUGUGUAUAAAGCCUUUUUUUUUUGUACUGAGGAGUGUCAUUAAAACAUGGUUAUUUUCUACCUA